UUCUUCUGCUCUCCCUCUCUCAAGCUGCCAAAUCCCUUCUCUUCCUCUCUGGCUGCUGCCACGCCGCCGCCUCCUCAACGCCCAUCUUGACCUCCUUUCAAUCCAGUUCAAGAUUUGAUGAUGAAAACAAGACAAUAGAGCUGGUUAUUGUGUAAAGACCCAAACCCGAUUCAAAUCGGAUCCGGAUCCGCUCCAACCUUAAACCUGUCCGAAACCCGAUUCAAUGGGACCCGAAUCCGAUUUCUCACGAGACCAUGCGGUCCAUUCCCUUCCUCUCUCUCUCUCUCGGGCACACACACUCUGCCGAAGCCCUUCUCCCUCGCUAGCUUCCGGCCGGCGGCUGCCUCAUCUUGACCUCCAUCCAAUCCAGACAUUCCAAUGGCAUAUGGUCUAAUCACUGCUCCAGUGCGUCUCCUCAAUGUUGGAAUAGAUGUGGGAGCUAAAAAUUCAUUCAGUAGACCCGGAGUUCCUCGUAGAAGUUAUUUAACCAAGUUCCGUAGUAUCAGCGCAGUUGAGGAGAAUGAAGGACCGAGGAGAUUGGUUGAUAUCAUUCGCAUCAUUCCUGAAGUCUCAAGAAACUACUUCAAAAGCCGUCCUCGGCGAGCACUCUUUGGUGGGAUUUCAUUGCUGGGUGGUUUUUAUGUUGCACAAACAAUAUCUCUAUCGUUCGGUGCCUUAGGUGUGAAUGAUGUAAUAGCUGCUGUGGUAUGUGUUCUCCUCACAGAGUAUGCGACUAAGUUUUAUUACAGUCGACCCAAGGUAACCUUUCCUCUUGCACUCCUAAACAACUUCAAGAUGGGAUUCACCUAUGGACUUUUUAUCGACGCUUUCAAGCUUGCUAGCUAGCAUCAGCCUUUUCCAUUUAUACCGUCAUUCAAAAAGCAUUAGCAUUACACUUCCCUCUAGAGAGAGCUUCAUUAAUUAGGCACAUUGGUCACCUGCUCAACUAUAACCACAUAAGUGGUGAGUAAAUAUCUAUGUUGUCAUGUAUUAUGCCUUAUCCAUGGUAUCAUUGUUAAAAAUUUAAGUUCCUUGAUAUUGAUAGAGGUUCAUUUUUGAUUUCAUUCUUCACUUUGGCAUCAUGUGAAAAGUUACACUUGAGCAAAACUAUAUUGAAGGAUGUAAAUUUGGAGUUGACUGUUGCAUCAUAUGCUUAAGAUACUCCUAAAUGAAGUAUAAAUUGUCAAUGUAUUUGUGGAGUUAGCAAGGAUAGUUGUACAUGUAUAUGUUGUUGUUUCUCAUAUGUUUUUCUUGUAUGAGUAUAGUUGAUCAUCAUUCUUCUAGUA